AUGAUGGCUGGAAAAGAUAGACCGAGUCCAAGAAAAUUAAGUCAGAUUUUUAUGAAAGGAGAAGAUGGUUUGGGUUCGGCUAAAAAUCGUACGGCCAUGUUUGCUUUUUUCGGCAAGUUUUUCUUUUCGGAAGUAUUAAUGGCGUCGGAAAGCGGAUGUCCUAUCGAAGUUUACAAAAUAGAAAUAGAAAAAUGUGAUGAAAUGUACGAUGAUCAGUGUCAGGGUAACAAAUAUAUACCUUUUCACAGGGCGGCUUACGACACGGAAACGGGUCAGAGUCCCAACAAUCCAAGACAACAGUUGAAUCGAAUCACUUCAUGGAUCGAUGGAAGUUUUAUUUAUUCGACAUCUGAAGCUUGGGCAAACACCAUGAGAUCAUUUAAAAAUGGAAAACUUAUGGCCGAUGCAAGCGGAAAACUUCCCAUUCGUAAUACAAUGAGAGUUCCUUUAUUUAACAAUCCAGCUCCACACGUUCUCAGAAUGAUGAAUCCUGAAAGAUUAUUUUUAUUGGGGGAUCCGAGAACAAAUCAAAAUCCGGCUCUUUUAUCAUUUGGUAUACUUUUUUUCCGAUGGCACAACGUCAUAGCUGACAGGAUACAAAAAAAACAUCCUGAAUGGUCUGACGAACAAGUUUUUCAUAAUGCCAGACGCUACGUUAUAGCUAGUUUACAAAAUAUUAUAUAUUACGAAUAUUUACCGGCACUUUUAGAAGAAAAUUUACCUCCUUAUAAAGGUUAUCAACCGGAUAUACAUCCAGGUAUAAGUCACGUUUUUCAAGCGGCUGCUUUCAGGUUCGGUCACACAAUGAUCCCACCCGGUAUCUAUAGAAGAAAUGGAAAAUGCGAAUUUCAAAAUACAAGAAUGGGAUAUAAAGGUAUAAGGUUGUGUUCGACAUGGUGGGAUUCUACCGGUUUCCUAAUUGAGAGUUCCCUGGAAAAUUUAUUAAUGGGAAUGUCAUCGCAAAUAGCUGAAAGGGAGGAUACGGUUUUAUGUUCAGAUGUUAGAAACAAAUUAUUCGGUCCAAUGGAAUUUUCAAGGAGAGAUCUUGGAGCAUUAAACAUAAUGAGAGGAAGAGAUAACGGUCUUCCAGAUUAUAACACGGUUAGAAAAUAUUUUCACUUGCAGCCAAUAGAACAAUGGAUCGAUAUCAAUCCAGAUUUGUUUAAUCAAAAGCCAGAACUUUUAGGACAAAUUUCUGCCGCUUACAACAAUAAAUUAAAUAACAUUGAUUUAUACAUAGGGGGCAUGCUAGAAUCGAAAAAUGGUCCGGGAGAACUUUUCGCGACGAUAAUUAAAGAACAAUUUAUUAGAAUUCGAGAUGCUGAUAGAUUCUGGUUCGAAAAUACUGAAAACGGAAUUUACACGGAGGAAGAAAUCGAAGAAAUUCGAAAAAUCACACUGUGGGACGUUAUAGUAAAUGCAACGGAUGUCGAACCGGGAGAAAUUCAAAAAAAUUUAUUCUUUUGGAUGGACGGUGAUCCUUGUCCACAACCCUAUCAACUCAAUACGUCGUUGUUAGAGCCUUGCAGGUACCUUCAGGGCUAUGAUUAUUUCGAAGGAAGCGAAGUCGCUUACAUAUAUGCUUGUAUAUUUUUAUGUUUUGUUCCUUUGGUUUGCGCCGCUGCGGGUUACGGUGUCGUUAAAUUACAAAAUAAAAGACGAAGGCAGUUAAAAAUCAGACAAGAAGAUUUACGAAAAACUGGUAAUCAUAAAAUAAGUGUAGAUAAAAUGACAGUUCGCGAAUGGUUACACGCCAAUCAUUUAAGGCUAGUGAAAGUUAGAUUCGGGCCAGAAGAAGCUAUUCAUACAGUAGAUAGAAAAGGUGAAAAGCUUCGAAGUGUAAAUUUUUCAAGUAUGGAAAAUUUGACUGUCGAAGAAUCUCAAUGUACAGAUUCAUACAGUAAAAAAAGACUGCCAUUGGUAUUGAUAAGAGUGCCAAGAGACCACGAUUUAGUGUUAGAAUUCGAUUCAUUAUCAUCGAGAAGAAAAUUUCUUUCCAAAUUAGAAAUGUUUCUCGCAUCUCAUAAAAAACGAUUGAUAACGACUCAGGGGAUAAGAGAAGUUAUGUUGGCUAAUGCUGAAACAAGAGAAAGAAGACAAAAACGUUUGGAACAUUUUUUUAGAGAAGCUUAUGCUUUGACAUUCGGUUUGAGACCUGGUGAAAAAAGAAGGCCGUCUCAUUACGAAGAUGAAGGUGAAGGAGGUCAAAUAGUUACAGUCAUGAGAACAUCUUUAUCAAAAAGUGAAUUUGCAAGCGCUUUGGGUAUGAAACCCGAUGCAAUAUUUGUUAAGAAAAUGUUUAACAUCGUCGAUAAAGAUGGCGACGGUAGAAUUUCUUUUCAGGAAUUUUUAGAUACGGUUGUAUUAUUUUCGAGGGGAAAAACAGAAGACAAAUUAAGAAUUAUUUUCGACAUGUGUGACAAUGAUAGAAACGGUGUCAUUGACAAAGAAGAAUUUUCCGAAAUGUUAAGAUCGUUGGUUGAAAUAGCAAGAACUACUAGUUUGUCUGAUGAACACGUGACGGAACUCAUCGAUGGAAUGUUUCACGAUGCCGGAUUAGAACAUAAAAAUUUUUUAACAUAUAAUGAUUUUAAAUUAAUGAUGAAAGAAUACAAAGGUGAUUUUGUUGCCAUCGGUCUUGAUUGUAAGGGAGCCAAGCAAAACUUUUUGGAUACUUCAACAAAUGUUGCAAGAAUGACGAGUUUUGCAAUAAUGCCAAAUCAAGAUUCACAUAGGAAUUGGUUACAGAGAAAACUAGACUGCGUAAUGACAUUUUUAGAAGAAAAUCGACAAAAUAUAUUUUAUUUGUUUGUUUUUUACGUUAUAACAAUUGUAUUAUUCGUCGAACGAUUUAUACAUUAUUCAUUCAUGACAGAGCAUACAGACUUGAGGCAUAUUAUGGGAGUUGGAAUAGCCAUAACGAGAGGAUCCGCAGCCUCUUUAUCCUUUUGCUACAGCCUUUUACUCCUGACGAUGUCGCGUAAUUUGUUAACGAAAUUAAAAGAAUUUAGUAUACAACAGUACAUUCCAUUGGAUGCUCACAUACAAUUUCAUAAAAUCGUCGCGUGCACGGCAGCAUUUUUUUCCCUUUUGCACACUGUCGGACACAUAGUCAAUUUUUAUCACGUUUCUACUCAACCCCUGGAUAAUUUAAAAUGUUUAACGAGUGAAGUUUUAUUUCCGUCCGAUUAUAAACCUGGAAUAAGUUUUUGGUUAUUUCAAACGAUAACAGGUAUCACCGGAGUUCUUCUUUUUAUAGUCAUGGUUAUUAUAUUUGUAUUUGCUCAUCCUUUAAUUAGAAAAAGGGCAUAUAAUUUUUUUUGGUCCACUCAUAGUCUUUACAUUGUUUUAUAUGCUUUGUGUUUGGUUCACGGUUUGGCAAGAUUAACCGGAGCACCAAGAUUUUGGUUAUUUUUUAUCGGUCCUGGAACUGUGUACAUGUUGGAUAAGGUUGUAAGUUUUAGAACGAAAUACAUGACGUUGGAUAUUUUAGAAACGGAAUUAUUACCUUCGGAUGUAAUUAAAAUAAAAUUUUAUCGGCCGCCAAAUUUUAAAUAUUUAUCCGGGCAAUGGGUUCGUUUAGCAUGCACGGCUUUCAGAAACGAAGAAUAUCAUUCAUUUACACUAACGAGUGCACCACAUGAAAAUUCAUUGUCUUGCCAUAUAAAAGCUCAAGGGCCAUGGACGUGGAAAUUAAGAAAUUAUUUCGAUCCAGCUAAUUACAAUCCGGAAGAAGAUCAACCAAAAAUACGUUUGGAGGGUCCUUUCGGUGGGGGUAAUCAAGACUGGUAUAAAUUUGAAGUUGCUGUUAUGGUGGGGGGUGGAAUCGGUGUCACGCCAUAUGCUUCCAUCCUAAACGAUUUGGUAUUUGGUACUUCAACCAACAGAUAUUCAGGGGUUGCUUGUAAAAAAGUUUACUUUUUAUGGAUAUGUCCAUCUCAUAAAUAUUUCGAAUGGUUUAUUGACGUACUCAGAGACGUUGAAAAGAAAGAUGUGACAAACGUAUUGGAAAUUCACAUAUUCAUAACACAAUUUUUUCAUAAAUUCGAUUUAAGAACGACCAUGUUGUACAUAUGCGAAAAUCAUUUUCAAAGGCUGUCAAAAAUGUCCAUGUUUACGGGUUUAAAAGCAGUCAAUCAUUUUGGUAGACCAGACAUGUCAUCAUUUCUUAAAUUCGUACAAAAGAAACACAGUUAUGUGAGUAAAAUCGGUGUAUUUUCAUGCGGUCCCAGACCAUUGACAAAAAGUGUCAUGUCGGCUUGCGAAGAAGUUAACAAAGGAAGAAAGUUACCAUAUUUCAUUCACCAUUUUGAAAAUUUCGGUUAA